AUGUCUCUUCUUGACAAGUAUCCGUGUGACAAUACCACAGCGCCGACAUAUUUAUCUUUCUCAACGGCCUGUUGCUCCGCACUCAUUGCAUUCAUCGCGACUGUUGGAAACUUCCUUGUGAUUCUUGCUGUUAUCCUAAACCCCUGCAAGGACCUGCGAUCACCUUUCAACUACUUUGUAGCCAAUCUGAGCUUUGCGGAUCUUGCUGUUGGACUAAUCGUUGCUCCCCUGAGCGUAGCCCACCAUGUUAUGGAGGGAGUCAGUCUCCGGAAUCAGUACCUGGAAGAUACGCUGCAUGUAGGUUUUUUUUAUCUCCUGCACCGCUUCACUCCUGAGCCUGGCAGCCUUGGCAGUAGAUCGGUACGCGGCCAUUACAUACCCCCUGUUUUACAGAAUCAAGCUCAAUUCGGCUCGAACAUUCUUAGCGUCUCUUGUUGUUUGGCUCUUCUCCAUUUCAUUAUCAGUCUUCUACUUUGUAGUAGGCUACAACAAGUUUCGUUUCAUCUUCGCGAAUACUGCCGUCGCUGUGACAUUUUUUGUAAUACUUUUUACCAACUCAAAAAUUUUCAGUUUCCUCCGCGCACAAGUAAAGGAAUGGGACAACCUGCAUAA